AUGACGCUGGGACCUGGUCGUGUCCGCAUUAUCUUCCCGCCAUUUCAGUACCGAUCCUUCUCACGAUGCUCCGCUCGUUUCCAACUUAGUCCGUUCACACGUCGACUCUUCAAUCUGCCAACACCACCUCGAGCAUCAUCGCAGAGGCACGAUAGCCUCGAUUCAUUCGUCUCCUAUGCCCAAAGAACUGGCCUGCCGGAAGACAGCACAACCUAUGUCGGGACACACUAUGAAUACACUGUUCUCCAAAGCCUCCGCCGCUUCGCAUUCGACCUCCACCGCGUAGGCGGACGCGAUGAUGCAGGCACUGACCUAGUUGGGACCUGGCACCUCCCGGAGAGGGAUCAGGCACUCCGUGUUAUCGUUCAGUGCAAAGCGCUCAAGACAAAACUGGGCCCGAACCUCGUCCGCGAGUUAGACGGGGCGUUUCGACACUCGCCGGUGGGCUGGAGGACGAGCGAUAAAUUGGGGAUUUUGAUUAGCCCACGGGAGGCAACCAAGGGUGUCAGAGACGCCAUAUCAAAGAGCAGCUAUCCGCUUCUCUGGAUGAUGAUUGAGCGUGAUGGGGUUCUUCGGCAAGCUUUGUGGAAUGGCAAGGCAGAGGACAUCGGGCUGGCGGCAUUGGGGGUUGAAACUCAAUACGGAGGGCACUCCGCUCAGCCGGUUCUGAAAGAGAUAAGCUUGACAUGGGAUGGUGAGCCGUUGCCUGAUAUGGACAGCGUUGAGGGGGAAAUGUCAAGGAUCGAAGCGCAAUGGCUGGCUACUUGGGAGUGCCAGGAUACAUCCGAGAAUGGAAAGGUGAAGCUGCUGGAGAAAGUGCAAGCUAUGUUCCCCGAGGCCGUUGGUGGGAUGUCUCUGGCAGUUCGAGCCAGAAGGGCUGAGAAAUGA